AUGGUAUUUAAAUGCUUAAAUGGACUUGCACCUCCAUAUCUUGGUCAGAAGUGCACAACUGCAAUACUAGAAAUAGGGACCGCCUACACAUACCACUCUGUAGGACGGCUGCAGGUCUACGUGCAUUUACUUUCAGAGGCCAAAAGCUAUGGAAUAGUCUCCCGGAUGAGUUUCAGUCUAUCACUAAUUUAGAUGUAUUUAAAGUAAAAAUAAAACAGCAUUUUUAA